UAUUGGAGCGGGAGUGACCCCCAAUUCUUCCGGUUUACCCAGAACGGCAUCACGUCCUGGCUAAAUCCGAGUCCCCUCGUGUAACAGCUUGGCUUCACUUGACGAACUAUUGCCGGUCAUUAGUCACGAUAUACCAGCCUUGUGAAGAGAAGUUAUAGGCGCGUGCAUGCAAGGUUAUUAAAAACAAAGAAGACGGUCUUCAGUAGUUUUGCAGGUUAAGUUGUUACUUUCACAGUAAUAUCAACAACAAAAAAUGGCUUCAGAAACACAACAACCACGCUGGCGAAUCGCCGUCGGCUGCGAUGACGCCGGCAUCAACUACAAAAACAAAAUCAAAUCCGACUUCUCCUCCGACCCUCGCGUCGCUUCCGUCACGGACGUUGGCGUCGCCCACGACUCCAAAGACAAGUCCACCGCCUACCCACACAUCGCCGCCGCAGCCGCCAAGCUGGUCGCCUCGGGCGAAUGCGACCGCGCCCUGCUCAUCUGCGGUACGGGACUGGGAGUAGCCAUCGCGGCCAACAAGAUUAAGGGCAUCCGGGCGGUUACGGCACAUGAUAGUUUUUCCGUGGAGAGAGCCGUGUUGAGCAAUAAUGCCCAGGUGCUGUGUAUGGGUGAACGGGUGGUCGGUCUGGAAUUGGCGAGGAGGCUGGCGAAGGAGUGGUUGGGAUAUGUCUUUGAUGAGAAGAGUGCUAGUGCGGAGAAGGUGAGGGCUAUUCAUGAAAAAUCGAACCGAUUUUAA